CCAUAGUCGACUGAUCCCCAGACACUGUGUGUUCCCGCAGCCACGAGCUAUACGCCGCCAUAUUGUGUCUUUCUCCGCUAGUGGCAAGGAAAAACAUUGUGAUCACGUGGCGCAAUUUUCUAGUAAACGAACGUUACAGAUUGUAAUUAUUUUUUUGAUUAUCGAACAUAGUAUUGUGCUCGUCAGUGCGAUAUAUAAACAAAGCUCUUACGUGGAGAAGAAAAAAGGAAGAAAAAAAAGACCGAUUAACGGAGCUGUUAUCAAUAGUAGUUACCGUGGAUUUAAAAUAUGUCAUCCACGCAUAUUCAAAUUGUAAAGUGGAGCUUUCCUGCUUUUGCUUUGCUCAUUGGCCUUCUCUGGUACAAACGAAGACGCGUAGACCGAGCUGAUCCUGGUGGAAUUAGCACGUUAAACGUGAAAGAGACUAACAAUGAUGUAAAUACUAAGUUAUAUAGUAUUCCUUCAAAUGAAGACUUAAAUCUAUCUGAUUCUGGUAUACAUGCCAAUGAUUCUUUCUCAAGUUUAUUCGUUAAAAGCAUAGAUGAACCCAUUGAUAAUACUGAAGAUAUUAGCGCAAAAGUAGAUAUUUCAAUUAGGAGAUCAGCCACGUCACCUAUUUCUGUGCCAUCAGCAAAAUCUUUAGAGGAUAAUCAGGAUUGGUAUAAGGACGUUGAAACAAUUUCAAAUAUGGAGAUACAAUUGGGAAGUAAUCCUAACAUCAGUAAUUUCGAUGUGAUAGCGAGAAGUAUGGGUGCAACUGCAUAUUCCAAUGAUAUCUCUAACGAUAAAAAAAUAGAGAAAAUAUUCAAAGAUAUUCCUGAAGAAAAAGAAUCAAGUAAUGUCCAUGAAAUAACAUCAUCUUCUAUAGAUAAACAAGAGGAGAUAAAUCAUCCGUCUAUUUUCACCGAAUCAAAGGAACAACUUCAAAAUUAUCCGGCAGAGGAAGAAAAUAAAAUUCAAACACAAGCAUUAUCCGAAAGAGAUUCUGCAAAUUAUAGUCCGGUUUCUGGAGUUUUAGAGGGAAGUGUUACGGAUGAAGCUAGAAGUGAAGGAAGUACGGAUAGUGGAAAAGGUGGAAGCAUCAAAGGACAAAUAAAAGAUGUUUCGUUAUAUUCUGUCUAUGAAUUUUGUAUAUGUCAGAAUUUAGUUGGUAGGCUUAUUGGCCGUCAUGGUAGUUUCUUACAAAACAUAUGUGCAAAAGCUGGCGUUCAUAUAAUGGUAAAACGUCAUCAUACAUUAAGAGAUCAAAAAAUCUGUGUUAUCCAAGGUUCAAUAGAAAGCAUUACAAUUGCUUUGGAUAUUAUAAGGCAAAGAUUUCCAGAGAAAAAAUAUCCCUCUGUAACACUCGAACAAAUUUUACCCGUGGUAAUACCAGAAGAAAUACCUGUACUUCCUGAAUUAACGCAAUUGUCUUUAGUCGAAGGGGUUAAUAACGAUGUUUUGGUGUGUCAUAUAUCAAAACCAAACAGAUUAUUUCUACAUAUUCCUACACACCCGACAUACCCUUCGUUAAGACUUUUAGAUGCAAAUAUGACCCAACUAUACAAUUCUACGGAAUCACCUAUGGUUACAGACGAACUUACAAAAGGAAUGAUCCUUGUUGCUAAUUGGUAUGACAGAUGGGUUAGAGUAUAUGUUGAAGAUCCAGAUCCACGUGGAGAAAUGACUUUAGUACGACUCGUUGACCAUGGUGGUUAUUGGACUUUCCGCAAUGCUAACAUGAGAAAAAUAAGGUCAGAUUUUCUUAGUCUACCUUUUCAAGCGAUUGAAGUAUUUCUCGCUAAUUUACAACCAAAAAAUGGUGAUUGGGAACAAGAGGCAUACAAUAUUGUUGGGCGGAUGUGUUCAGGAAUCAUUGGACAGGCCCAAAUUGUAGCCUAUAUUAAUGCAAAUGUGUACAUUAAUUUUUUCCUUAAUAUUCCAAAACACGGGGUGAUAUCUCUUGCCGAUGAAUUAAUAGCACGUGGAUACGCAGAAUCUGUAUCUUUAGAGUGCUUAGUAUCGGACGAAGAUACAGUUGUUGCUUCGUAGAAGCAUAAAUUAAUUAAAGAAAGCAUACACGUGCUAAUAAGAGUGUAUGGACAUAUGUGAUCGUAUGAUUGUGUUUGAUUAUUUGUGUGAGUGAAUUCAUUUAUAAGUAAAACUUACGAGAGAAACAUUAUUUUAAGUUUAAACACCUAUAAAUGUAAUAUUUUUUUUUUUCUCGUACAUACUUAAAAUAAUGGAUAUGCAUUCUUGUUUAUCUGACAUGAUUUUCUUUCAUGCUCAGCAACGAUGAUAAUGAAUCAGCACUUGUAAUACUCUAUUAUAACAUUUCAUAAUCGAUGAAUCCUACAGCAUUUCGUUACGAAAAAAAAAAGAAAAAAGAAAAAAAGAAAAAAAAAAAAAAAAAGAAAACUAUAACUUAUGAUCAUAAAAAUACUCGCAUUCAAAUUAUAAUACAUCUUUAUCAUACAGAUCCAUAUAAAAGAAAUUUUUCACAUUCAAUUACAUUAAUGAAAUAUAGAAGUUUUAUAGUUGAAAAUUGCAAAUAUUCAAGGUACGUUUCAUAAUG